CCUUAUCUUAAAUUCGACUUCACGUUUUCACUCAUUACACAAGUUGAAUCCACUCACUUCGCGAAUUCUCCCCGGGGAAAAAAAAAGAAAAAUGACGGAAAGCUCAGCGACGAAGCUGUUAAACGGAGAGGCCUGUCGCCGGGCAUUAAACAGGAAAAACGCAAAUAAAAAUGGCUACGUGAAGAACCACUGUCUGUUCCAGCAGUCCCAGAAGUACCGUCGCUCCGGGGAGAAGAAGCAAAAUGCGACUCAUAAUCCCAGUUUGUAUAAGAAGCCAUUUGUGGAGUCGUUCGAGGAGACGCCCCUGCUGGUGGCUGUGCUCACCUAUAUGGGUUAUGGCAUCCUCACCAUCUUUGGCUACCUCAGAGACUUCCUCCGCCACUGGAACAUCGAAAAAUGCCACGUCGCACGUGAGAGAGAUGAGCAGAGGGAUUUCGUCCCACUCUAUCAGGACUUUGAAAAUUUCUAUACCAGGAACCUGUACAUGCGGAUCCGAGACAACUGGAACCGCCCCAUCUGCAGCGUCCCUGGCGCCAAGAUGGACCUUGUGGAGAGAGUUACCCACAACUACAACUGGACGUUUGAGCACACUGGUAACGUAGAGAAGGACGUCAUCAACAUGGGCUCAUACAACUACCUGGGCUUUGCUGAGAACACUGGUACCUGUGCUGAUGCUGCUAUUGAAACCACACAGAAGUAUGGAGUUGGAGUGGGGAGCACCCGCUGUGAGAUGGGCAACCUGGAUAUCCAUGAGGAGCUGGAAGAGUUGGUUGCCAGGUUUCUGGGGGUUGAGUCGUCCAUGGCAUUUGGGAUGGGCUUUGCCACUAACUCCAUGAACAUCCCUGCUCUCACUGGAAAGGGUUGUCUCAUCCUAAGUGACGAGCUGAACCACGCCUCACUAGUGCUGGGUGCUCGGCUGUCGGGCUCUACGAUCCGGGUCUUCAAACACAACAAUAUGCAAAGCCUUGAAAAGCUGCUCAGAGAUGCUAUUGUACACGGUCAGCCCAGAACCCACAGACCCUGGAAGAAGAUUCUUAUCGUGGUAGAGGGCAUUUACAGCAUGGAGGGGUCCAUCGUACGUCUGCCGGAGGUCAUCGCCCUGAAGAAACGCUACAAGGCCUACCUCUACCUGGAUGAGGCCCACAGUAUCGGUGCUCUUGGACCCAACGGCAAAGGAGUGGUGGACUACUUUGGCUUGGAUCCCAAGGAUGUGGACAUCAUGAUGGGAACAUUCACCAAGAGUUUUGGAGCUGCUGGUGGAUACAUUGGAGGCAAAAAGGAGCUGAUCGACUACCUGCGCUGCCAUUCUCACAGUGCUCUAUACGCCACCUCCAUGUCUCCUCCAGUUGCCCAGCAGAUCAUCACCUCAAUGAAGAUCAUAAUGGGAGAGGAUGGAACCACACUGGGUUCUGAUCGCCUCAAACAGCUCUCAGAGAACACCAACUACUUCCGCAAAAGACUCCGCGAAUUGGGUUUCAUCAUUUACGGCAACGACGACUCGCCCGUUGUGCCACUGAUGCUCUACAUGCCGGCUAAAAUCGGGGCUUUCGGCCGAGAGAUGUUGAAGAGGAACAUCGGCACAGUGGUUGUCGGCUUCCCAGCGACGCCUAUCAUUGAGUCGAGAGCUCGCUUCUGUGUUUCAGCCGCUCAUACCAGAGAAAUGCUUGACACUGCACUGGAGGCCAUUAGUGAAGUGGGCGACCUGCUGCAGCUGAAGUACUCCAGACGGGAACAACCUCUUUCCUCUCUGGGAUGGAUGUCUGAAGAGAGCCUUCUUCAGGACUGAACCAGCUCCAUCUCUCCUACCUUUAGCCUCACUGUACACCACAUCCCUUUAUAUCUGUUCGUCUGAUAACUCGUUUUCCUUGGAGCCAGUUUCGCCACUCAGCUUCUCUGUUUCCUCCUUCUAUGAGACGCUCAUGCACUGUACUCUCUGACCUAUCCAGCUUAUUCAGCCUCACCAAAAUAUUAUCCACCAUUUUGCUGCACACCGUUUCCAGAGCCUCUCUCACCUUCCUUCACGCCAUGUCUUAAUCCUACCUGCACAGUGAAGAUUUUUAUUAAUUGUGCAAUAAAAAUGUGAGAUUUCAAGAAUCCUACAGCAGAAUGAGCAGGGCUCUAUUUUGAGCACUGAUAUAACUGCAAAUUAUGUAUCACAGUCUUUGUGCUAACAGCCUUUGAUUUAGCAUCCCAAAACUCAGAGGCGUUCUUUACUAAUGUUCCCCAAGUGUAUGGAUCUGAUAGAACUAACUAUAGAAUACUGAAUAGUCUUUUAUUUUUGAUUUCCCAAACCAAAGGUUACACAUGUAUAGAUAUAUUUUUUACCAUUUCUCUUGAAAUGCAAAACAGAUGUUUCCAGAAGAAAAAAACGUGACAGAGGGGAAGAACUCCAAGGAGCAAGACUAACGUAUUUUUUUACUCGGUUAUUUUCUAUUAAUGGUCUGCAGCCUAAUUUACUGUUUACACCUGCACUCGAACAUUUGAGCCUAGUGUCUUUAUCAUUUCUAUAAGGUAAUAGGCUACGUGUGUGGUUUUCUAUUUUUAUUUUUUUUUUCUUCCGUUUCUGCUCACUAAAGUGCUUUUUAUGUGAAUGGCUGACACGAGUAUGGCGACAUGUAACUUUGAUCUGUAUGCAUGACGAUGGCGCUUCUAACUCAUCCGAUGUACAGAACAAUUUAUUUAUUUAAAGAAUAUACAUAUUCUUUUUGUUUUUGAAAGGCAGCUCUGAAACGUGCUACUGUUGAGAUUAUAUAUUUUAAUCAGUUACAUUUCUUUGCAUCUGUUCUGUACCACUGAGAGGCGUUUUUAAAGCCUAGAUGACGUCGGUAAUAGUUUCUCUUGAUAUUCAUAGAAAUAUAUACUUUAAUGUUUUUUUUAUUUAUUUUUUCCACCAAAAUUGACAUUUUAUGAUUAUCCUCUGAAACAGCAUUCCAUAAUCAUUCUUGCUGCCAGUGUAUAGUUAUAAUUUUGAUCUUUCUUUUAGUACACCGUCCUCCGUCAAGCAUUUCUGUGUUUUAUGUUGUCACUACUGAUGUCAACUUAAUGUGGUGGUUGUUGGUCAGGAAGUUGUCUAUUGUCUUGCUGUUGUGUGCGUUAAGGAUGAUAAAACUCAACAAACAUCAAA